AUGGCUAAAAGGGAAUCGGCGGCUAGAAAGUGGGUGAUAAGGGUUUUAUAUGCCGGAGCAACCUCUUUAAAUUUAAGCUCGACGCACAUAAAGAAAGUUCCCAAGUGCGUUUCCAGACUCACAAACCUGUCAGUCCUCCUGUUAAACAACAACUCCAUCACAGGCCUUCCCACUGAACUGCUCUCCUUACAUCAACUGGCUGAGCUGAAUUUAGGAAAUAAUGCCUUGAAGGAGUUUCCCGCUGUUCUGGGCCAUCUGGAGUCCUUGAAAAAGCGGUACCUGUUCAGAAACCAAAUUACUGUAGUGCCACCUGAUGUGAUAGGUGGCUUCAAGAACCUUGUUGUCCUCAAUCUGAACCACAACCAGAUUCAGAGACUUCCGCCAGGGAUUAUAAGCUUGACUAUGCUUGAACACCUCAGCUUGCUGGACAAUAAGCUGGAGGAAGUUCCUGCAGAGCUUGGUCAUCUCACUCGCUUAUCUGAGAUAAACCUAAACUUCAACAAGCUGUCCCGGCUUCCUCGGCAGCUGUACCAGUGCAAAGAGCUGACAAAGCUGUAUAUGGCCAGAAACUACUUGACCAGCCUACCAGAGGAGGGUUCUCAUAAAAUCCCACACCAGUUGCCUGUUGAGUUUUCCACGUUUUUUCUUUUCUUUUCUUUUCUUUUCUUUUCUUUUCUUUUCUUUUCUUUUCUUUUCUUUUCUUUUCUUGUUUUAGUCAACAAAUAUCAAGAGUUUCAGAAAAAUCAGUUGGCCGUAACGGAACUGCACUGUGAAGGGAACAGGUUUGUGCAGUGUGAGCUGAUGACUUCGGUGCAGUAUGCUGAAGUACUUAUAUUAAAGGAAGUGGUUGUUAGGUUUGUAUUGCGGGAGGACAGGAACAGGUUCUCUCUAAUCCAUGUGAUGCUUCCCCACUAUCCAAAUCUAAAGACGCUGCUGGAUACCGCCAAUUCUUGUGCGGUCUGCUGCAGCCCCUUCCUCACCACCUGGCUGCAUUGUGUGCAUUUUGUAAAUCUAAAGAAGGACAUGAAAAUGAGGAGUAUGCUCACUAUUCUAGUGCAUGCCCUUCUCUGUUCAUACAGGUGCUUUAACACAGAAGGACACGCCUACUUUGGUGUUGCUACAAGAUAAAUACAAGUUUAUUUAAA